CUCCACACUGGAGUACACAGAUUGCAACACCGCGCUGCUCUGCUGGGACUGUCAUCCACAACAACAUAUGCGGCACUGAGAUCCUGCCGCCGCGGGAUUCACUGCUGUAUAACUUGAAUCCGUUUACUGUCAUGGUCGCGCCGAAUACGGAGACAUGAAGCCGUGACAUUGAGGAAACGUGAGAAGGCCGGGGAAGGAUCCUCGGGGUUUCCUGACUCCUGCUGACCGGAGUUCGGUUAGCUGGUGCGGUAGGAGACGGGCGGCAGUUCAACACAUGCCAGAAACGCAAAUAUUCGUAAUGUGGAGGACAACAGCGGUUUGAAUUUGUCUCGGAUGAGUAUACGAGGGGUCUGAGUUUGUGGAAAACGUACACCGUGGGAGCUAGCCUGAUAAGCGAGUCGUGCUAACUCCGUGAGCUAGCUAGCAGCGGCCGCGGCGGUGGUGUGCGAGUGGCCGGCUGUGCGGGCUGGCUGUCGGCUUGUGUGUGAGUGGAGCAGCCUGCCGGUGCCCUGAAUUCAGGAAGGCUCCCCGGGUCCGGCCCCCUCAAGCGGGCAGUCAGGAAAAAGCUGGCUGGGAAGGGAUGGCCUGGUCGGUCUUCCCGUUCCAGAGGACAAGGCUCUGCGGUGUUUGAAGGAGGUCGAGUGCGGCUAGAGGCCACCGCAGCGGGUCGAGGCGCUAUGAUGGCCGCCUCACCCUCCGCGGCCGGCGGCUUCACGGCCUCCGGCCUGUCGGUCAGGAAGAGCGAGGAAAUAGCGGAUUUGAUAGAUUUGUUUUCGAAGACACAGUACAGAGCGAAGGAAGUCACUCCUCGGGUGGAGGCGAUAGAGAAGCGUUGUCUGGAGUUGUUUGCCAGAGAUUACAAGUACAGUGUCAUCCAUAACGCCAACGGAGAAGUGUGUGGCCACUACCCCCGCCAGAUAGUUUUCCUGGAGUAUGAAUGCACAGAUGUGGAGAGAGAGAGGUUUGAGAGCACAGUGCAGAUCAGUAAGUUGCAGGACCUGGUGAACCGGAGCAAACUGGCUCGCUGCAGAGGGAGGUUCGUCUGUCCGGUCAUCCUCUACAAUGGCAAGCAUAUAUGCCGGUCAUCCACUCUGGCAGGCUGGGGGGAGCUGUACGGACGCACGGGCUACAACUACAUCUUCUCAGGGGGCAGUGACGACACGUGGACGGAGUCGGAGGAGGUUCCAGAGGAUGACAGUGCCGUCAGGAACGGGGACUCCCAGCUCUUUGACAAGGUUCGAGGCCACGACAUUAAGCUACUACGUUACCUCUCGGUUCGCUACAUCUGUGACCUGAUGGUGGAGAACAAGAAGGUUAAGUUUGGCCUAAAUGUGACGUCCUCUGAGAAGGUGGACAAGGCCCAACGCUAUGCAGACUUCACCUUGCUCUCUGUGCCUUAUCCAGGAUGUGAGUUUUUUAAAGACUACAAAGACAGAGACUACACAGCUGAGGGUCUGGUGUUCAACUGGAAUCAGGACUAUGUGGACGCUCCUUUGACAAUCCCUGUAUGCUUUACUCAGAACUUGAACAUUGACUGGACUCAAUACCAGUCGUGGGACCUGGUGGAGCAGACCCAGAACUACCUGAAGCUGCUUCUCCACAUCAUCAACAGUGAUGAUGAGAGCGGUCUCCUGGUGCACUGCAUAUCAGGCUGGGACCGGACGCCUCUGUUCGUGUCCCUCCUCAGGAUCUCCCUGUGGGCAGAUGGUGCUGUUCACGCCAGCUUGGAGCCGGCCGAGAUCCUGUAUCUGACCAUCGCCUACGACUGGUAUCUCUUUGGUCACAUGCUGCCAGAUCGACUCUCCAAAGGGGAGGAGAUUUUCUUUUUUUGCUUCAAUUUUUUGAAGCACAUUGUCUCAGAGAAGUUCUCUGCUGUUAAGAAACAGAGAAGGAAGAACUCCCACUUCAAAGACGGUGAUUUCACUGUGGAAGACCUCUGCCAGUUAAAGUCCAGGGAUCGUGGGAGUGUGACCAGUCUGAGCAGUGAGUUCUCCCUCAUCACUGAGGAGGCGGGCGGCGCCUCCAGCCUCACCAAUGACACUGUGGACCUGUUCUCCAGCCAACACCAGGCCUCCAGCUGGAGAAAGGGCACCACCUCCUCUCCUCAGAUGGUCAUUUGGAACAAACAGAACCCUCUAGAGGAGCACCUCUCCCAUCCCAUCAACGAGGCCAGGUCUUCCAGUUCCUCCUCCUCCAACCAGUCGGAGCACGCCGCCACGCGCACUGGCAGCAGUCCGCUGGCCGUCCCUGGUAGAAGGUUAGCAGCAGACUACCCUCGGUCAGGCUCGUCCCUCUCCACAGACUACGGGAGUUGGCAGAUAGUUUCUGGCUGUGGCAGCAUCCACGACCACGCCCACUUCCCUCCACCUCUGGCCUCGGCCUCCUCCACCUCGUCUGCUGUCGCUGCUGCCUACGACUCCCCUCUGCCCUUCAGCUUUCAGGAUGAAGGACCCAGCGGACGAAUGUGUCCCUUCCCUUCUGAGCGUCAGGCCCGUCUGGAGGCGGUGCGGGAAGUCUUCCUGGCGGCCUACAGCUCCACCGUUGGUCUCAAGUCCUCGGCGCCCAGCCCCUCCGGCGCCAUCACCGGCCUGCUGGAGCAGUUUGCCCGCGGGGUCGGCCUCCGUGGCACCAACGCCAUCGUCUGAACCCUUUCAAUGUGACUUUUGACCCUCUUCCUGCUUCCAUCCAUCCAUCGUCGAUUCAGCACAUCUGGACUCAAUAAAGUGCCAAACGCCUCUGUUCAGUUUCAGGGGUGAAGCAUUAAUUUUUUUUUCUUUUCUUCAGUUUCCUUUCAUUUUACAUGCCCUAGAUUUUAAUUUCUGUCCUCUGGGCUUUUAAUUUUUCAUGGAGAGUUCAUUUAUCACAUUCAGGGACACAACUUGUCGCGUUAUCAAAAAGGGAUAGUGAACCGUACACGGUAGAGAAACAUGGCGUCUGUACAUGUUACAGUCAGAAAUGAAUUCUUCCUUCAUCUUCUUCUGUUGUUUUUUUUUUUUUUUUAACAUUUCUUCUUGCGGUGACCGUCCCAUGUCCAGGAAGCAAUAUGAGUUUAGUUUUCUUGUUAUAUGCUGCUAUUCUUCUUUAGUUCUGGUGGGCAGUGAAGGUGAGAUAAACACAGCACUUAAUGUGUUCUGACAGAAACGGAUCCAAGCUUUCUUUUCUUUUAGAUUCAGCGCAGUGCAUUGAAACUCGAUACCUAAUCCAUUCAGCUUUAAGCAUGUAGGAUCUAGACUUAAAGAGUCCGUCUGAGCGUUGGAAAGUCUAUCCUAGAUCAAUACCUGCGUGCAGGGAACUCUUUGUGCAGUCGGGUUUACUGCUGGUAUGAUCUUUGUGGAGCGUCUGUCUGUGCUGGUUGUGAAGGGAAAAAAACAAUCUGCAAUCAGCCAAAGCUAACGCGAGAGCUUCAGUGGUUUCGAUUAGCCGAACUGAGAUGGUAUCUUUGCUCUGGUAAUUGCAUAUAGGUUUAUUGUUGCUGUGUGUCCGUGGUAUACUGUAGGAAUUUAAGGAUUUAGUUUUACUUGAAACAAACUUAAGUUGUGGUUGUACCUGUUGUGUAAAGUUACACUCAAGUACAGCAGAACCAUAGAGUCAUAGAGGGCUAGCUAGCUAGCUUGUCCAGGAACACUCUUGCUUUUUUAGGAAUUUAAUGGAAGGCUACAACUAAGAGGGUACCAUCUUGGUUCGACUCACUGUGACUGCUGAAGUCUCAGAUAUUGGCUUUGGAGUUUUAGAAAGCGUUUUUGCACAGAAAAGCUUGGACCUUAUUGUUUCUUCCAGUGUAAUUGUUCUACAGAGUCCUUCACAGCCAGCGAUGGACGGAUUCCACAGAGCCUGUAGUGUGAGCGUAAGGUCGCCUUAAACAAACCAUCCCAGUCCGGCCCUUUAACUCGGCAACCUUAAAGUUAUUUUGCUAACGUUUCUUCAGUCUCUUCUUCAUUUCCUUUAACGUUGUGAACAAACGAGAUCUAUCCGCGCUAACUCUUCAUCUCGCCAGUCGCAGAUGUCUCCAUAUCCUCUACUUGAGUCCAUAUCUCCUGUAGCACUGACGUGGUAGCACAAGAGACACUGAGCAUCGUGGUAGCAAAUCUGUGAACCGAAGGCCUUCUCAAUGUCAUUGGACUCCGUUGAAGGGAGGUCCACUUGAUUCCUGCCAGUGUUGAGAUUCCCGCCCAGCUAAUAUCAAACACUUUGUUCAAAGAAGACGUGUGCGCCUUCCUUCAGGUCACACGUGGACGGACAGCUCUACUCUGAUUACUCUCGUGUAGAUUCAGACUUUGAGGUUUUCUUUAAAACUAGCUUGUCGGUGUUGCCAAACUGUUUUGACAGCUGCUGUACCUCAGGACCUUUUGCUGUGCCUUUUUUUUUUUUUUUUUUACCUUCAGUAACACUGGAUCAGAUCUGUGGUCCAGCUUCAGGUGUAUUUUCUGUUUCUUGUAAAAGGGGGAGGUUGGGGUUUCCAUGCUGUUUGUGGGAUGAACGUUUCCGACUGUAGAGUUUCAGCAGAGUUAGCUUUGCAGUAAAACUUUUUGGGGGGUUUUCACUUAAUUACUCAUUCAGUUGCAAGUCUUCGUUGAUGUACAGGAACAUAAAACUGUUGAGUCUUACAGACAGCCCCGUUAGGAGGUGUGCUGGGAUAUCAGUUUGUCAUUUACACAAAGAGGCUUUCAUUUCUGCGUUGGAACACGGUUGAAGAGGAUUUUAUUGUUUUAGAGGAUCAGUCUAGUAAGAAACUUGGGAAGUGUGUUAAUUUUAGAGUGAGAUGAGAAGUUUGACACCAGUUUCAUAUCUCUGUGGUCAGUGCAGAGCGAGAGCCACGACUCAUUUAGCCAAGAUUAGCUUACAGUUUAGCUAGCUAGCUAGUUCAAAAGUAUACAUACCAACACAUUGAAAGCUCUUGAAUGACCAUUAAUUGGGAUAAAUGUUAAUUGACGUAUCUGGGUAAUGAAAGAACGAUAAAAAGGAUUGUCUGAAACUUAUGUGUUGGUACAGUGUCCUGAUUAGCAAGUUUUUGUUUUGGUGCUAGCACUGUGCAACGUCUCGUACAUCUCUAAGUAUGACGAAGCAAACGUACAGUAUGUGUUCAACAUUUCUAAUUUAGUCAGUUUUGGUAUUUUUUAAACUGUGUCAGUUUUGUUUGGACUGUUUCCUCUUACUUUCAGUGUUUAAGCUAAGCUAAGCUAAGCUAAGCUAGGCUAACUCCAUCCAGACUCCUGCUCUGUACUAAACGCACACAGACACAAGCUUUUCAUUUCACUCUAACAAAGAAGACAAAUCAUUGCAUUUCUCAGAAUAAUGUCUUGACCUGGCAGCGGUUUUAUCUUCUGCUCGCCAAAAUUUGCUUCUUUUUUUAAAUCCCACAAAACACGUGCUAAGCUAUUUGUUAAGUCACUUAAGUUCUCAAACACUUCUGUCUUGAUGCAAUAAGAAAUGUGUAUGUGUUCGGUUCAUUUUUACACCACAUGUCAGUCAACGUGGAUCAGUAUUGCACUUCCAGAACAGUUUUUUCAGGCACAGCUUCGUCUCCUUGUCAAAUUUUAAUCUUUCCUUUAAAGAUAUAUUUUCUGAAGAGGAGAUCUGUUUGUUUUUAGUUCAUAGCAUCGUUCCUCUUUCUCCGUCAUCUCUCUGCUGCCUGCCUGUAGCUAAUAAGCGGCCGAUCACUGGAUGCUCUCAGACAAACGUGUCAUCAAAGGAAAAGAACGAUUCAACCUCGGCUGACUUCAAACAGACACUUUUCCGACAUGUUUUGCUCAUUAGUUUUGCAUGACGUCGUCCCAUUCGAUCUUAAUUGUGGCAGAUAAAUGCUUUGUUUUGCAGUUUUGAACUCUUAUUGAAAUGCUGCAUUGCACUUGUCCCCAUGUCCUGUGUGAAGGGUUGUUCUUUGUACAGGUGGUGCAUUUUUAAAUAAUUCUACCUUUUUUUUUCCCCUCUGUUGGUUAUAAAUUGCUCUGACUUGUUGGCAGGUGUCGGGCGACGGUGAACUGAGCUGCAGGUGGCAAUUGUGAAUAAAGGAAUGAAAGCAA